CUCAAACGAUUGAUGAGCAUAAAAAAUAAUUAUUUUCAUAACUUUCUUGUUCAUGGAUUAAAAAUAUACUAGUCAUUUUUUCAUUGACAAGAGAGAGCAAGCAUAGUUGGAUAAUUAAAAAAAGGAACCACCUUUCAUAAGCGGGAGACUUUUUAUUGGUGGCAAAGGUUAGAAGGAGGAAUAAGCAUCAAGAUUCUCGUUAAUUACAGUUCCAAAUACUUCCAAAAAGUUGGUUCGUUGAAGUAGAGAAAUCAAGAAUCAGAUUGUUGGCAUCAUUCAUUGCUGACUUUGCACCACCUGAUUGGCAGCUUCUCAAUAAAAUUUUUGGUUUCUACAAUUAUUUAUAAUCACAAAUUUACAUAUUCUAUCAUCAUUUUUCACAAUAAAAGAAAAAGACAAAUCUCAAAUAUGCCGGUUUCUCAUCUAUCUCCUGUAUUUUGCUGAUUGUCCAGAUACCCAAAUAGCAUAUAUAAUGCAGCCACACGAGAAGUAUAAUUUAACUCGUUAUCAUUAUCGAGUCUCUAAUCAUUCGUCAUGGUGGCAAAAGUUGUUCCUUGUUAUGUGUCCAUUCAAUUUAAAGAACGACAAGUCUGAUUUUAUUCGAAAUAUUUUGGUGAAGAGAACUGAAAUUAAAUGGAGAAAGAACCACACAAGGAUAAAAGAUGGGUCUGGCGGGGGCUGAUCCUGGUGAUCGUGGCUCUCGUUCUUGCUGCGGUCUUAUUCAGUUUCCGCAAAUAUUUUCAUCGUUCUAAUUCUUCAGUGGCAGAUACUAGCCAAGUGGUUGACAAAUAUGCAAAUGCUCUUAGUAUAGCUAUGCAAUUCUUCGACGUUCAGAAGUCUGGAAAAUUGGUGAAUAAUAAGAUUGCUUGGAGAGGUGAUUCAGCUAUGGGAGAUGGAAGCGAAGUGAAUUUGGAUUUAAGUAGAGGAAUGUAUGAUGCUGGAGACCAUGUGAAGUUUGGAUUUCCAAUGGCAUUUACUGCAACAGUUUUAUCAUGGGCUAUUUUGGAAUAUGGAAACCAUAUGAACAUGGUGAAUGAGCUGGAAAGUGCCCAAGAAUCCCUCAAAUGGAUCACUGAUUUUCUUAUUAAUGCCCAUCCUUCUGAGAAUGUCAUGUAUAUUCAGGUGGGUGACCCAAAGCUGGAUCACACGUGCUGGGAAAGACCUGAGGCAAUGACAGGAAAAAGGCCUCUCACACAAGUUAAUGCAUCAUAUCCAGGAACGGAUGUUGCAGCUGAAAGUGCAGCAGCAAUGGCAGCUGCAUCUUUGGUGUUCAAGUCAAUUAACUCUGCCUAUUCAAGAACUCUGCUUAAGCAUGCCAAACAGUUAUUCAAGUUUGCUGAUACUUAUAGAGGUUCGUACAGUAUCAGCAUUCCCAAAGUGCAAGAGUUUUAUAAUUCUACUGGAUUUGGAGAUGAACUCUUGUGGGCGGCUGCCUGGAUUUAUCAUGCUACCGAAGACAAAUCUUACCUUAGAUAUGUGGCCACAAAUGGUAACAUGUUUGCUAAUUGGGGAAAUCCUUCUUGGUUUUCUUGGGAAAAUAAGUUGGCUGGAGUUCAGGUCCUACUAUCAAGGGUCAAUUUCUUUGGUUCAAACAAAGAUAUUUCAACUGAGGCAAGUCUUUCUCUCCAGUUGUACAGACAAACUGCUGAGACCUUUUUGUGUGGACUUCUACCUGAAUCCCCGGAGUCAACCUCUCAACGAACAGCAGAUGGCCUGGUAUGGGUUGACCAAUGGAAUCCAUUGCAGUAUUCUGUGGCCUCUUCAUUUUUGGCAGUUGUUUACAGUGAUUACAUGCUUAGCUCCCAAACAUCAAAUUUAUAUUGCAACGGGAAGCUAUAUGAACCAACAGAGUUGCGCAAUUUUGCAGUUUCACAGUUGGAUUAUAUAUUGGGAGACAAUCCAAUGGAAAUGAGUUACCUUGUUGGUUACGGAAGUAGAUAUCCUCAGCAAGUUCACCACAGGGGUGCUUCAAUUCCAGUGGAUGCUAAUUCUAAUUGUAGUGAUGGAUUCAAAUGGCUUCACACAAGACACCCUAAUCCAAAUGUUGCAGUUGGAGCUCUUGUUGGGGGACCAUCCCUUAGUGAUACAUACACGGACUCUCGGAACAACACUAAGGAAAGUGAACCAACUACCUACAACAGUGCCCUUCUUGUUGGACUCAUCUCAAGCCUUAUAACCUCUUCUUCACAAGUAGAGUCAUUUGUGAAAAACUGAAAAAUAAACGCCAGCACUGUGUUUUCCCUUUUGACUCAACACAUGUUGCCUUAACUUGCAUCAGACAGCCAGCCCUCACCAGGCUGGUGGCCUAAACUAUACUCUAUUUGGAUAGGGGCGGACGUAGAGUGUGAGUUGUGCUUCAUCUGAAUCUGAUAAAUCAAAUGAGUUGUGGUAGAUCCCAAACUUGAACUCAUAAAAUUCAAAUCCUGAAUCCACCUCUGUAUCUGAAUAGAUAUGUCCCUAUGAGAGACUACAUUGUCAAAGGAAAGAAUUUGUCGAAAUGUACAUUACUAACAUCCUUCAACCUAGCACUAGCACCUUUUAGUUGUGAAUUGUGUGGAAUAGUAGGCAUCUAUAUUUGCUCAUGCCAUGUUUAUCUUUCAGUUGGGCAUUUUCUGAUUCUUAGUUUCCUUGCAUUGGGUCUUCCUAUGUAAAUACCUGAAGAAAGAAUACAGUCAUCCCAUUCAGGUGCAGUAACAGUAUUUAAGUUGAAGCAUGUAAUUUGAUUUGCUUGUAGUGUAAAUGUGUAAUGCCCUAACUUUUGUUCUUGUUUGUCUACCUGAGCUAUGACCAAGGAUACAAAAAAGAAUUUAACUUUUAUUGACUGACGGUGUAAUAAAACUUCUAAAAUAUCGGUGUAACUUAAUGUUUUUAAAAGGUACCUGUCUUAUUUUUAAGUGACAUGAUAAUUUUAAAAACUUUUACACAGAAAAUAUAUUGAAUUAAACUCUAAGAACAAGUGCAGCACUGUUAGUAUGUUACAGAGAAUGCUUCUGUAUUUAAACCUUUGUAAACUCCUGUUCAUACUAGUAAUCGUAAGAAAACAUGGAGGAUACAAGAAACUACUAUAAAAUUUAAUAUAGGCCGGCUGGAAAACAAAAAAUAAAUAAAAAAUAUUUUAAAAAAUUGAUUAGGAGAGGGCAUUCAUCCUUUAAAAGAUGUUGGGGCGUAAGCCUCACCGAACAAGGUCCCACAUAUGAGGCUCAAGACGUUUUGCAAGUGCUUUGUCUAGGAGCAAGCUCAGAAUUAAUUUUAAAAAAAAAAUGUUUAGAAACAAUAAUUGGUAGAUAAAAAGUUCAAU